AUGAUGAUAAGCACUGGUUUCUGGAAACUCUUCAACCAUUGAAAUUACCAUAAUCUAUUUCAAAUAAUGAAGCCUGGGGGUUGGAAGUUGAUAAACUCUUUCUGCUAUAUUGUUAUUAUUUACAUAUCAACUAUAUGUGCAUACAGCGGAGCUUUUAACUUUGGGCCAUCCAACCAAUCAGAAGCCUAUUUCAAUGGUUCCUCCUAUUUAAGACUGCAGAAUACUAUAUCUCUAAAAAAACAAACUGGACUGAGCUUCAGAACAUGCUACGGUGGUAGUUUAUUUUCCCAACAACAAAAUGACGAUUUGAUCGAAUUAUCAGUGAAUGUCGAGGGUAUUGUGUUCCUGGCUAAAACUUCUGGAAAAUUCUUCGAACACAAGAUCUCUGGCAAUUUCCUUAACAACAAAUGGCAUACAGUGUAUCUGCAGUAUAGACUCGGCAAUCUGACCUUCGAUAUUGACGGAGAAACUGAGCUGAUAUCGAAUUCCAGUUAUCGCAAUGAAUUACUUGUUAGCCCAGGCUUGUACAAUGAGGGGGCUGCCGUACUUCUCAUUGGAAAACAGUUUAAUGGUUGUCUGUUGGAAGGACCUUCGAUUGUUUUCGAUUCUGGUCUGAUAACUUCCAGUCAUAAUGUAGUGUUUGAACCCUGCCCCAUACCAUAUGAAAGUUGUGUUCCCAAGGAGAAAAUAAUCGGCUUCGACUACUGCACGACCGAACCGUGCAUGCGUCACGGGACAUGUCUAAGCGGCCACAACACCUACACGUGCGCUUGCCUGCCCCGCUAUACGGGCAAGAAUUGCGAGAUCGACCUGGGUAGCCCGUGCGACCGCAAACCGCCCUUGUGCAAAAACUCGGGCACGUGCAUUCCCGAUCCAUCGGGGGACUUUUCUUGCGUGUGUGAACCCAAUUUUACGGGGACGCGGUGCGAGAGGGAAAUCAGAGUGCCGGCCAAGUGCAAGAACAAUCCGUGCUCGAGCGGUGGGAUUUGUGAUGUGGAUGCUGAGACACAGAACGUCAUUUGUCGCUGCAGGCCCGGAUACGAGGGGGACCGUUGCGAAAUCGACAUAGACGAGUGCAUGUCCAAUCCCUGCAUGAACGGCGGUGCUUGUACGGACGGCUUCAACAAUUUCACGUGCGAUUGCGCGCGCACCGGCUACAAGGGCAGGAUCUGCGAGGUCAACAUCAACGAGUGCAUUGCCAACCCUUGCUCCAAUCAGGGCACGUGCUUCGACACCUACGGGUCGUAUUUGUGCCAGUGUUUGCCCGGGUUCGCCGGGAAGAAUUGCCAAUAUAACGUCGACGAGUGCACGUCGCAACCCUGCCUCAACAAUGGCGUAUGCGUGAGCCGAACGGGGGGCGGAUAUGAAUGCCGCUGCCCUUCGGGCUUCUUCGGCCGCAACUGCGACUCGGAACAGGGCAGGCAGCUGCGCCAAUGCGACCCCCAACAAUGCCCCGCCUACUCGGAGUGCUCGGAGAACGGCCACAGAUGUGCUUGUCGCGCCGAGUUCCCCGGCGAGUUUCCGAACUGCGCGGUGGGCGUGGCACGAGUGGGCGGAUCCAAUGGAGUGGGCGUGGCAGAAGGAAUGGGGGCGUGUGCGGACAAUCCCUGUGCAAACGGGGGGAGCUGCGGCGCGUACAAGGGGUACUUCAAUUGUACUUGUCCGCCGGGGUUUACAGGCAAAGUGUGCCAAAUCAAUAUCGACGACUGCGUUUCGAACCCCUGCCUCAACGGAGGCAUGUGCCUCGACCUCGUCAACGGUUUCCGGUGCAACUGCACCGAGCACUGGAUGGGGCCCACCUGCGAGAAGCCCUACGACGUUUGCGAGAUGGUGCCUUGCAAGAACAACGGCACAUGCAAAUCGGCGCCCAACAAGCGGGAGUACACGUGCAGGUGCUUGCCGGGAUUUGAGGGGGAGAAUUGUCAGAUCAACGUGGACGACUGUCAGGGAGUGAAGUGCCCUCCUGGACACAUGUGCAUCGAUCUCAUCAACGAUUACGAAUGUCAAUGUCCGGCGGGAUAUACAGGGGAAGACUGCGCCCACGAUCUGGACCCUUGCUCCAAGAGCCCUUGUUUCAACGGAACCUGCAUAGUGGACAAGAUGACCGGCCAAUUUCAAUGUGACUGUUACGAUGGAUACACAGGUACCUUGUGCAACGUCGAUAUUGACGAAUGUGUCGCCUCGGGCAACAAGAUAUGCAACCACGGUAUUUGCGUGAACUCUGAGGGCAGCUUCCAGUGCUAUUGCAAACCCGGUUACACCGGCGAGCGGUGCAACCAGGAUUUCGAUGAAUGCCUGUCGAUGCCGUGCAAGAACAACGCUACCUGCAUCAAUCGGGUCAACAACUAUGACUGCCAGUGUCCACCUGGGUACGACGGCAAAGAUUGUUCGCUCAACAUCGACGAAUGCGACCCGAUGCCUUGCAAAAUGGGCGGCACUUGUAUCGAUGGUGUCAACGAGUACACUUGCGUGUGCCAAGAGGGCCUCACCGGACGAACUUGCGAAGAGAACAUCGAUGAUUGCGAAUCUUCGCCUUGUCUGCACGAUGCCAGGUGUAUCGACGGCUUGAACAGCUAUAGUUGCGACUGCGAAGACACCGGUUACGAGGGGUUCCAUUGCGAGAACAACAUCGACGAUUGCGAGGGUGAUCCUUGCAGGAAUGGGGCCGCCUGUAUCGACAAAAUCAAGGACUACGAGUGCGAUUGCUACAGAGGAUAUUCGGGCAAAAACUGCGAUCUGGACAUCAACGAGUGCGAGAGCAACCCUUGCCAACACAACGGCACCUGCUUGGAGCGCUCCAACGCCACCCUUUACAACCCUAAUCCCUUAGAGGACAGUCCGGCGCCCUUCGAUAGGCCCUUCAAUUAUUCGGACGCCGAUGGGUACGUGUGUCUUUGCGUGCCCGGAGUUACCGGACAAAAUUGCGAGGUGAAUGUCAACGAGUGCGAGAGCAAUCCUUGCUUUUACGGUACUUGCGUGGAUAAGAUCGGAGGUUACCUUUGCGAAUGCGACGAGGGAUACGAGGGGGUGCAUUGCGAGGAAGACAUCGACGAGUGCGCCAAAUACAGCCCUUGCGUACACGGCGCAUGCGUCGACAGGAUAGCCAACUAUUUCUGCCAGUGCGCCAACGGAUACGGAGGGAAAAAUUGCUCGGUCGAGCUAACAGGGUGCAUGGACAAACCGUGUCAAAAUGACGGUCAAUGCCGCCCUUUUCUCAUCAACGAGACCGAGCACAAGUUCAACUGCUCGUGCCCCAACGGCUUCCACGGGCAGACCUGCGAACAAAUCACCACCAUGUCCUUCGACGGGAAUUCGUCUGUGACUGUCAAUACGACUCGCGAAGAGGGCUACGACGUACAAUUCCGGUUCAAAACUACCCUUGGUGAUGGCUUAUUGGCCCUCGGCAAAGGGCUGACGUAUUACAUAUUGGAGCUGUCCAGGGGUCGCUUGAAUUUGCACUCUAGUCUGCUCAACAAGUGGGAGGGCGUCUUUAUCGGUUCUAACCUCAAUGACAGUCGUUGGCAAAAGGUAUUCGUCGCCAUAAACUCUUCCCACUUGGUCCUUUCGGCCAACGAAGAACAAACCAUCUACCCCAUCAGCUACAACGAAAACAACAACGUCAGCUCCACUAGCUUCCCUGUCACUUACAUAGGGGGCAUACCGAGCAACCUGCGCAAACUGACGCAUGGUCAGCCCUUCUUGGUCGGCUGCACCGAGGACGUUCUGAUCAACGGCGAAUGGGUGUUGCCGCACAUGCGCGGUCUGCCCUGGUUGGGCUUCCAGCAUGUGGACGCAGGGUGUGUCAGAGAAGCGCAGUGUACGCCGAAUCCGUGUCAUUCUGGCGGCCAUUGCACCGACAGGUGGAUAGACUUCAGUUGUACAUGUGAACGGCCCUAUCUAGGGCACACCUGUCAAUACAACUACACGGCAGCUACUUUCGGUUAUGAGAACAUCACGGAUUCGCUGGUGACGGUCGAUGUGGCUGAUUACGCCAGGAAAGGUGCCAGGUCCAUAGUGGACAUCAGCAUGUUCAUCAGGACCAGACAGUCCAAAGGGCAGAUCUUCUAUCUGGGGUCCGGCUCGCUGCCCAAUCCAUUGGACGAGACGUACAUAGCCGCCCAAUUGGAGGGCGGCGAAUUGCUGGUGCGCAUCCAGUUCAACGGCUCUUUAGAAGGGUACACGGUGGGCGGGGUCAAGUUGGACAACGGGUACAAUCAUCUGAUCGAGGUCAUCCGCAACGUCACCCUCGUCCAAGUCAAAAUCAACGGCACCGAAUACUUCCGCAAAACAAUCUCGGCGGCCGGCGCUCUCGAGGCCAGAGCCCUCUACCUUGGUGGGCAGCCGCAGUCGCGUGCGGUCCGUCAGACCGACGAGACCGUCAAGAUCGACAUGACGCCUACUGCGCCUGCGGCAGCGAUGACGUCAUCGCAAGCUGCCAGCGUUAAUUUCAAGGGGGUGAUUCAGGACGUGCAGAUCAGCAACGGGUCUUCUGUCAUGGUGGUGGAGUUUUAUCCUUUGCAGGCUUCGGACUUGAAGAUACCAGAAUCGUUCGGUGUCGUCUCGUUCGAUAGAGCAACCGUGUUGUCUGGUGUGAGAUCGGACGAUUUGUGCAGGUUCAAUCCCUGUCAUCAUGGAGAAUGUGAGAACACGUGGAACGACUAUAGGUGCAACUGUCCCAGAGGAUUCAAAGGCAAAGAUUGCAGCGACUUGGAGUUCUGCGAACUGGAAGGAUGUCCUCCGGGUUCCACAUGCAAAAAUCUCGAAGACGGCCACGAGUGCUUGAUCAACAGCACUUUCAACGGGCUACAGGAACCUCUGAGCUACCACCUGACUGUCACUCCUCGGUCGGCCAAAAACAUCGUUUUCGACACUCUGGAGUUGCAGUACCGUACCAGGUCUUGGGGAACGGCUUUAUUCGCAAAGCUAGACGACAACCACUUCGUCAUAUUCAUCUACCACAACGAAGUCGUCGUCGAAUGGCGCUUCGACAUGCAAACGACCACCAAGAGGUUCCGCAAGGACCGCUUCGAGGGCCAGUGGAUGUCCCUGCUGUUCUUCAUCGACGAUCGCCGACUCAGGGGCGGAUUCAAAGAGAAUAUCUUGGACGAAUCGGCCGACAUUGAGGUUAUGGACUUUGAUGGUCGAUUGUUUGCCGAGCUGUUCGAAAAAGGACGGGUUUUCGUGGGUGGAAGCGACAAAAAUAAGACUUUCGAUUACCAAACAGUGAUCGAUAAUACUGAUUAUAAUAUGACUGGGUAUCGGUCUGUGAGUGAUGCUACUACGCCGGAAUCCUUGAUGAGCAAUUCGUUGGAUAGUUUCGAGACUUUUUCGGACGAGGUGCUGCUGUACAAGGUGGAUCAGAACAAGAAGACUGAUAACUUCAAGGGAUGUCUGGGCGAAAUCCGCAUAGCCGGCCUUCUCCUGCCCUUCUUCACGCCCAAGCAAAUCUACCCCAACCAGACGCCGAACACCUCCGAUGCCGAUGUGAGGGCGUCCUUCGAGCUCGAAACGUCGUCCGAGAUCGAGCACGGUUGCGUGCUGUGCUACGACAACGACUGCUUCAACGGCGGCCGUUGCGUCAACGGCACCGAAACCUACAGGUGUCGAUGUCCUGCGGGGUAUGCGGCAGACGAUUGCUCGAUCGACAUCGACGAAUGCGAGGACAAUAGCUGCGAGAAUAACGCUACUUGCUUGGAUUUGGUCGGCCGAUACGAAUGUCAGUGUUUGUUGGGAUACGAGGGCGAGUACUGCGAACGUGACAUAGACGAGUGCGCUAGUGACCCCUGCAGACACGGAGGCACGUGCAACGACCUCGUAGGUGCCUUCAAAUGUGACUGUCCCGAGGGCUUCGUGGGCAGGCAGUGCGAGGCCCCCUUGCUGAUCACGUGCGAGAACAGGCCGUGUCGCGACGGGGCUUCCUGCAAGACGGGACCGAACGAAAUCACAGGCAACAACUUCACCUGUCUGUGCACCGAGGGCAUGGAAGGUCCUCUCUGCGACACGCCCUUUUGCGUGCGCAAAAAGUGCGUUAGGGGUCGCUGCGACUCCGCUGGGGCAGUGCCCUUUUGCGAGUGCCCUUCGGGAUUCGAGGGCGAUUUUUGCGAAGUCGAUAUCGACGAGUGCGUUUCCCCAGCUGGGGGAAGUCCCUGCCAGAAUGGGGGUGUGUGUCUGGACGGGGUGGCUAGAUAUGAUUGUAAUUGUACUGGGACCGGUUACACGGGCCUAUUGUGCGAAAUGGAUAUCGACGAGUGCGCUCAGAACGCCACGUGCGGCCAGGCCGGUCGAUGCGACAACACGCCCGGCUCCUACCGCUGCAUCUGCGACACCAUCAAGGGCAAGUGCGGCAGGCAGUGCGACCUUGACGAUCCCUGCGAGGUUGCCAAGCCCUGUACGCACGGGCAGUGCCAUUCGCGGUGCACCGACGAGCCUGACUACGUGUGUCAGUGCGAGGAGGGAUACGCCGGGAAGAAUUGCACCGAGGUCAAGGUGGCAGCUAGCGAAUCCGAGGGUGGCUUCAACAUCCUGUACAUAGUGGUACCGGUGGUGGUGGCCUUCCUUAUCGGUUUCGCCAUCGGCAUUCUCGUGCUGGUGAACAUCGCGAGAAGCAAAAGGGCUACCAGGGGCACUUACAGCCCCAGCGCCCAGGAGUUCUGCAACCCCCGAGUGGAGUUGGAUCACGUGCUCAAGCCCCCGCCAGAGGAACGACUCAUUUAAGCGGGAUUUGUGAGUCAUUGCUUUACUGUCAUUAUUCCGUGCAGUAUCUUUCGUAA